UCUUUUGGAUCUCUUCAUUCCCUCUCCCAUAACAAACCUAACUCGAUCCUUAACUUACUCAAACAUGGAUUCUCUUGGUCAUACAUCAAACCAUCAUCAUGGUUUCCUACUUAUCUCGGAAUGUAAUUACGAAAACCGGUCAGAACAAUCGGUUGCUGCAGAUUUAGACGGAACAAUUUUAAUCUCUAAAAGCGCUUUCCCAUAUUUCAUGCUUGUUGCAGUUGAAGCUGGUAGUUUAUUAAGAGGACUACUUCUUUUACUCUCUGUUCCAUUUGUUUACAUCUCUUACGUUUUCAUAUCAGAAGCAUUAGCUAUCAAAACAUUUAUAUUCAUAACUUUUGCCGGUCUAAAAAUCAAAGAUAUCGAAAUUGUUGCACGUUCGGUUUUACCUAGAUUUUACGCUGAAGAUGUUCAUCCUAUGAGUUGGAAUGUGUUCAAUUCUUUUGGCAAAAGAUAUAUUGUUACUGCAAGUCCAAGAAUUAUGGUGGAACCGUUUGUUAAGAAUUUCUUAGGUGUUGAUAGAGUUCUUGGUACAGAACUUCAAGUGUUCCAUAAAUCUGGUAGAGCUAGUGGAUUUGUUACAAAACCAGGUGUUCUUGUUGGGGUUCAUAAGAAAGAUGCGUUGCAAAGAGAGUUUUGUGAAAAUUUGCCUGAUUUGGGAAUCGGUGAUAGAGAAACUGAUCAUGGUUUCAUGUCCCUUUGCAAGGAAGGUUAUAUGGUACCAAAGACUAAAUGUGAACCAGUUCCACGAAACAAGCUUCUAAGUCCGGUGAUAUUUCACGAAGGAAGAUUGGUUCGAAGACCCACCCCGACAAAUGCACUCUUCACUUUCUUAUGGUUGCCGAUCGGUUUCAUUGUAUCCCUUCUUAGGAUCUUUGUAACCAGUGUUUUUCCACAGAGAAUCGUUUGGUACAUGUAUAAGAUCCUCUGCAUAAAAGUAACCGUAAAAGGAAACCCCUCUCCUGCCCCGAGAAAAGGCCAAAAUGGUGUUCUUUUUGUUUGCAAUCAUAGGACCAUUUUGGACCCAGUGGUGACUGCUGUGGCUUUGGGGAGAAAAAUCAGUUGCGUCACAUACAGUAUAAGCAAAUUCUCAGAGUUGAUAUCUCCUAUUAAAUGCGUAGCCCUGACAAGAGAAAGAGAGAAAGAUGCUGAAAAUAUCAAACGCUUGCUUGAAGAAGGGGAUUUAGUGAUUUGUCCAGAGGGAACAACUUGUAGAGAACCGUUUCUUCUUAGAUUUAGUGCAUUAUUUGCUGAGCUCACAGAUAGGAUUGUUCCAGUUGCAAUUAACACGAACCAGAGUGUAUUUUUCGGUACAUCUGCUCGUGGGUUUAAGCUUAUGGAUCCAUAUUUCGUAUUCAUGAACCCAGUGCCAACGUACGAGAUUACGUUUUUAAACCAAUUGCCUACUGAGCUGACUUGCAAAGGUGGGAAAUCUCCUAUUGAGGUUGCAAAUUACAUUCAGAGGGUUUUAGCAGGAACACUUGUGUUCGAAUGCACCAACUUGACUAGGAAAGAUAAGUAUGAGAUGCUCGCCGGAACAGAUGGCAUCGUGCGGACUAAGAUGGAGAAAAGUUAAUCAAAAAGUUUUUAUACAAUAUACUAUUUGUAAUUUGUAAAGGUACAGAUUGUGAAGUGUAAAGAGAGUGAAACAAAAAAGAUAAAAAAUAAAUAGUGAGUGGGUAUUAUUUCCUUCAAAUGCAUCAAGAAACUCAUCAGUCACCCAAAAGAUUUGAUAACAUGUACUUGAUCAAAAUGUAUAAUAAAUAUGUAAUAUUUUCUUUUAAAAGAAUAGAAUAAAGAUUUCAUCUC